UAUAUGAAGGCAUACGUUUUACCACAAAAAGAUGAUUUAACUGACUUCAGUUGAGUUUUAUCAAUCGUAGGGUGCGUUUCAGUCUCGAUAUAUAGGAGUAUUAUUGAUGGUAUCGGGGAUUAGAUAAAUUCGCGGAUAUAAAUAUGCACAAUAAAAAUUUAGUACUAAAAUAAUUUUCUAAGCAAUAUGUUCUAAUCUAAGCAAUUACUAAAAAGUAAAUCAUAAAAACUCUUAAGUCUUAACAGAAUUUCGGUCGGUAGGUUUCGGUUUACAACACAAUGUGCAGUUAAUAAUCGUGUCUUUGAGGUUUUAGUGUUAUCAUGAAUAUUAAAAUUGUUAUUUUUAAUUAUGUGAAAAACUACUGUUUUUAAUGAUUUUUAAGAUAAUAAGUGAAAUUAAAUUCUUAGUAAAUAUUCAGAAAUAGGGGAAAAAAAUCCUAAAACUACAAUAAUUGGAUUAAACUCGUUUGCACAUAAAAUAAAGAAAAAGUGUUAUCUUUAAAUAAUAAGAACCUUGAGAAAAGUUAAUGACCUGCAUUUGACCGCGGAGAAGAAAAAUUUUUUUAACUAAUUUAUAUAGAAAGUAAAAAAUGAAUAAGCCUGAACUUUGCUUGCAAUGGAAGGAUUUAGAAUAUUCUGUUCCAAUUAAACAAGAUCUUAGAACUAGAUUAAAGUUUUGGCAGUGUCACAGAAAACCAGAAGAGUUACAAAUUCUAAGACCAGCAAGCGGUUGUUUAAUAACUGGAAAUUUAAUAGCAGUACUUGGUCCCAGCGGAUCUGGAAAAACAACUCUAUUAGCUGCAAUAUCACAACGUCUACGUGGUAGUGUUAAUGGUGAUGUUUUGUUAAAUGGAUUGAGAAUCGAUCAAAAUGAAAUGACAAAAAUAUCUAGCUUUCUUCCGCAAUAUAGUAUUUCAGUUCGAACACUUACUGCCUAUGAACAUUUAUAUUUUGUUUCCCAUUUCAAAAUGGAUAAGUCAACUAGAACAAUUGAUAAAAAAUAUCGUGUUAAUCAAAUUUUAAUUAAAGUUGGUCUUAAAGAUUGUGCCGACACGAGAAUAUUUCAUUUGUCUGGUGGAGAAAAGAAAAGAUUAAGUCUCGCAGAAGAGCUUAUUACAGAUCCACCUUUUAUAUUUUGUGACGAACCAACAACUGGUUUAGAUAGUUAUAAUGCAUAUAGUGUGAUAAAAACUUUACGACAAUUAACACAACCAGGUCGUAAAUUAAAAGUAUCGGAGUCAAGUGUUAGUGCAUUUUUAGAGAGUAAUAAUGAAAAUAUUGAAAUGAAAAUCAUGACACCGCAAGAAGAGAGUUUUCAUUGGUCGAAAUCGUCUGGUUUAGAUGAAGAUUUUAGAAAACAAUAUGCAAAAGGAAUUAUUUGCUCUAUUCAUCAACCAACAUCUGAAGUCUUUGAAUUGUUCACACAUAUCGUUUUGAUAAGCAAUGGUCAAAUUUUAUAUCAAGGGAGCACAGAUGAUGCUUAUAUAUUUUUCUCAAAGUUAGGAUUUUAUUGUCCAAGGAAUUGUAAUCCAGCUGAUUUUUAUUUAAAAUUAAUAACAAGUGAUAAUGGUGAAAAUAAAUGUAAUGCUAUCAUUAAAAAUAAUUAUGAACAAGAAUAUGAUAAUUGUAGUCGUAUUGAAUGGGAAUAUUUUGGUCCAGAUAGUUUGAAUCAAGUUAAUAACAUAAGAAAAAUUUCGUGGUUUUAUCAAGUAUAUUUGCUUGUUAAAAGAAUUGGUAUAGAGACACGUCGCAAUAUUAAAGAAACAAUAACAACUGCAGCAUUUUUUAUGAUCACAUCAUUUACAUUAGCAAUUAUGUAUUCAACUGUUCAAGGAUAUAAUCAGAUAACUGUUAGUGAUAUAACAGGAUCAUUUUUUAUGAUAUCAUCUGAAAUAAUAUUUACAUCAUCAUAUGCACAUGUACAUGAAUUUUCACAAUUAUUGCCAAUAUUGCGGCGUGAAACUGGUGAAGGAACGUAUAGUUUAUCAGCUUAUUAUAUGGCAAAUGUAAUUGCAUUAAUACCAAAACCAUUCAUAUAUAGUUAUUUAUUUUUUGGUGUUAUAUAUAGUAUAAUUAAAUAUUCAAAAGGAUUUCUAACAUAUAUAUCAAUGGCAACGACAUUAUCUGUAUCUGGAUUAACAGCUAUAGCCUAUGGUACAUUUAUUUCAAGCAUAUUUGAAUCAGAGAAGAUGGCAUCUGAAAUGGCAGCACCAUUUGAUUUAGUUUUUUUAGUAUUCGGUGGUAUUUAUUAUAAUGUUAAUGCAGUACCAUUAAUGAAAUAUAUUUCAUUAUUUUAUUUUGCUAAUGAAGGUCUUCUAUACGAUUAUUGGAGUGAUGUUACAGAUAUAGAUUGUCCAAUACAAAGUAGUAUGCCAUGUGUUAGAAAUGGAACAGAUGUUAUCAUAAAAUAUGCAUUCAGUACAAGUCCACUAACAUUAAUUAUAGAUUAUUUUGGAUUACUUGCAUUAGCCAUAGUAUUUCACGCAAUUGCUUUUUUUAAUGUUAACCGAUAUGUUAAGAAAUUUGGAUACUAUUGAUGGAAAUUGAUUUUAUAAUGAUUUUGUAAUAAUUGUUAACUAUAUUUAGUAGUCAAGUUAUAGUUUAAAUUCAUAAUAAAUUAAUUAUUAAAUAAAUAUUAGAUUAAGAAAAACGUGAACUGAAAGAGGGACACAAAGUUAAAAUUGAUUAGUGUUUUUUAGUAAAUGAGCAUUUCUUGCCUUAAAUAAAAUGCAAUUCUAUUGUUA